AGCACCAUGGGGACUCUAAAUGAUCGGGCAGUGUUACAAGCCAUCUUCAACCCUGACACCCCUUUUGGAGAUGUUGUUGGGUUGGACCUGGGAGAGGAAGCUGAGAAGGAACAAGUAGAUGAAAAUGAAGUUUUCCCUCGAGAACAGCUGAACCAGUCCAAGGCCCUGGAACUGCAGGGGGUGACAGCAGCAGAGGCUGGUGACCUCAGCACAGCCUUGGAGAGGUUUGGCCAAGCCAUCAACCUGCUGCCUGAGAGGGCCUCAGCCUACAACAACCGAGCCCAGGCCCGACGUCUUCAGGGAGAUGUGACAGGUGUGGCAGAAUGCCACUGUUGUUCUCUGACGUAUAUAAAGCCAUGUGGUCCCCUAGCCCAGAAGCGCGUGCUCCUCGCAAUAAAGUUGGUGCCUGCCAUUUCAUUCUCAUGA